AACUUUUCUUCAACUUUUUUCCCACCCGGGUGAAAGCAGCAUGACGUCAUGUACAGUGGCCAAUCGGUGAACUCCUUUCCUCAUGUGUGGACCAAUAGGAGGCGGCGCUGAGUGGCUGUCAGUCACAGGUGAGGGUGGAUGGUGAAAAGGUCCGGAGAGGGUUAGUCUUCAGUCUUUAGUCCGGAGAGGAGAGAGAGAGUGAUGGCCGAGCUACGCGCGCGGAGGAGAAGCAGAAAGUUUUCUUCUCGCGCGGGGAUGUGAGCCAGCACGCGACACUGGACGGAUUUCCUCCUUCUUUGUUUUUUUUUAAUUUUUUACUCAACUUGAAGAACCGAGUUCAAACUCGUCUCUUGUGAAAAAUGGCCGUUCGUGGAAACUCUCUGAUGCCGUUCUCGAUUCAGUCCAUCCUGAACAAGAAGGAGGACAGCAGACACCUGGCUCACCUGGACCUGUGCUGGUCUCACAGAGCCGAACCCACGGAGCACAAACACAGAGCUGAGCCCACGGAGCACAAACACUACGACUCGGACUCGGGACUGAGCACGUCGGAGAAGAACGGAGAGCGUGCGUCGGACGUGUUGGAGGAAAGUUUGCAGGAGGAGACGGACCAGGACUGUGCAGCUGCAGAGAAUACAAAGAGUGACAGUGAACCCACUAACACCACGGACUCCAGCACCCUGGACCAGAAGAGUCCGGACCAGGACCAGAAGAGUCCGGACCAGCCCAAGCAGAGGAAGAAGCGCUCGAGGGCCGCGUUCUCUCACGCGCAGGUCUUUGAGCUCGAGCGCCGCUUCAACCAUCAGAGGUACCUGUCGGGACCGGAGCGCGCGGACCUGGCGGCCUCCCUGAAGCUCACAGAGACUCAGGUCAAGAUCUGGUUCCAGAACCGCAGGUACAAGACCAAACGCCGCCAGAUGGCUGCAGAUCUCAUGGCCUCGACCCCGGCUGCAAAGAAGGUGGCGGUGAAAGUUCUGGUUCGGGACGACCAGAGACAGUACGGCCCGGGAGAGAUCCUGCGGCCCCCCCUGCUCUCCCUGCAGCCCCCCUACUAUUACCCGUACGCGUACUGCCUCCCAGCAUGGACUCUUUCUGCGUGUGCGGGGAACCAGUGAGGACCCCCCCCCCCCCACCCCUCUAUUUAUUCAUUUGUUUUAUUCACUACCAGGAAAUGAAACAAUUUAUUAUUCUGACAAGAGGAGGAGCUGCCUCAGCCUGAAGUCCAGGUCAGACCAGAGGAUCAAUGACUCUUUCUGACCGGAGGGACCCCCUUUAAGACCCCCUUUAAGACCCCCUUUAAGAAGACACUUCUUUAAGCAUCAAACAUAUAUGUGCUCGUGGAGCCUGGACUUCCGGUGUAAAUGUCAGUGUGUUCACCUCUGAGGAGAGACUCAGAACAUUUCAGUAUUCCUCUCUUUUCUCGGAGACCCCCCCCCCCCGACUGAAAUGUCACCUUGUGUUACUUUCUAUUGGACACGCGCCUUCCUACCUCUGCAGUGAUUGGAUAAAAGCAAGUAGACUCCUGCUGCAGGAUGUGUGUGUGUGUGUGUGUGUUUCUGUUUUUCUUGCUGUGUUUGUAAAGGUAAGAGAUUUCAGCACUUUGGAGCUUAUAUACGUUUUAUUAUUUCAAUGUAGAAAAAAACAACAAAAAGCAUCAAUGUGUGUGUGUGUGCGUGUGUGUGUGCGCGUGUGUGUGCGUGUGUGUGUGUGCGUGUGUGUGUGUGUGUGUGUGUGGACAUGAGCAGGAACACACACACACACGGAGAUGUUCAUGUGUUCAAUGAGUGUGAGACAUUAAAACAUAUCAGGCAGAA